GAACGGACUAGACGUGCCAUUGCUUGAAAGCCUGCACAGAGGCGUGGUGCUUGGGAACCCCAUUAUUGCUUCCCACCCUUGUUCGUGUCCAAGAUGCAGGGAUGCGAAGCGGAAGUGACGAAGGUCUCCAAACAUGCCAAGCAAUUUUAGCGCGACCCGCGAUUUCGAGUUGCGUCAACUACACAACGAGCAUCAGAGGUAAAGGCAAACAAGAACGCGCGCAGGCCUCGCCAUGCUGGCAACACCUCCACAAACCUUCCGAAACCGCUAAAGACCCCUCACACUUACCGUAAGCACGGCGACAUAUAUCAACACGCCAUGUCCUUCCCCAACCAACCCCACGGUGGCCCCGCCGGUGCUCCUCCGAACAUGGCUCAGAACUUCAACGCCAUGCUUCAGCGCUCUAUGGACUCUCCACAACCUGAACAUGGUGGAGAAGUCCCAGGGCAACCGUCUUCAGGUCCCGGCUAUGGAGGCGUAUACAGCACCAGUGGACCACCACCCUCGGGCCCUCCUGUCCUUGGUGGAGGACGGCCAACUGGACCACAGCAAACUCUUCCAGUCGACCUGCCACCACAAGCGUUCCUGACCUCGGCGAUGCUCCUCGACAUGGUAGACAAGAAAGUAGACGUCCUUCUUCGCGACGAGAAAGAAUACAUCGGUAUCCUCCGCUCGUACGACCAAUUCGCCAACCUCGUCCUCACAGAGUGCCACGAGCGGAUAGCAGCGCGCAACCCCGACUUCGAUACCUCCCUCACAGAACCCGCAUGGCUGAUACACGACGUCAAAUUACCCGGACUCAUGACCAUAAGAGGCGAGAACGUUACAAUUUGCGCGACCGUAGAUCUCGACCGCGAAGACACACCCCGAGGCGUUAAGUUUGCGCCUGUAGAGCAGGUUAGGUCGUUGGCGGCACAGCAGAAGGCAGACAAGAAGGACGCAGACGCGCGGAAAGCGAAGGCGCUAAGGCAAGCAGGCAUAGAGCCUGGAUUUGGGAUGACUGCAUAGUUGAUAUGAGAAGACAUGUUUGAGGAGGAGGAGGAGAUGCGCAGAGAUCAGGGACGAGGAGAAGCACGAGAAGAAGUAUGAACUGAGGACGUUUUGAUAUGAGUUACGAAACAAAAGUAGCAUUGGGUGUGGAUUGGCACAACAAGGCUAGAGAAAAGGAAGAGGCUUGGAUAGCUACGCGGCUUGUCAUGAUACAUCAAUGAUACCAGGACACAAAUGUCCAACUGCGAUG